AUGCCAACCUGCCCUCGUUGUCGUUGUUCUCAUAGUGUUCAUGGUACUAAUGGUCGUGGUACACUUCAUGGUCUUCAUGAUGUUUUUUCUACUGGUAGUCUUCAUGAUAGUUUUGCUAAAGUUAUGGAUGUUUUUACUCGUGCUAUAGAUGCAUUGAUUGCUUUUGCUCGUAAGAAUUUUUAUAAUGAUCUUCAUGAUUUCAAUACUUUUUGUCGUCAGCGUGGUCCUGUUCGUCGUUUUAUUGAUGGUAUUUAUGAUUUUGGUUACAUUGGCUCUAAGACAAGAUAUUGCUUUUUUCGACGCGGAAAAAAAGCUCGUAUCUAUUUUUGUGACUCUGAACAUUGA